UUAAACGUUGAAUGUUAUGGUUAAAAUAAUCAUACAAGUAUUAUUGUUUUUUUUUUUUUUUUUUAAUUUUUACAGAUGAAAAAAACCCACAAAUGAACAAACUGAAUAAUACAUUGGCUAUGAUACCAAGGAUUAAUAAGGGGUUGGUUUUAAAACAACCUGUAGAAAUAAUAGAUUUGGAGGAAGAAGAUGAAAAAACAGGCAAAGUUGGCUCUCCAAAGAGCACCUUAUCAAGUGUCACCGGAAAAAGGUUUGGAGGAGACAGAGAGAUGAUCAGCGACGACGAAGAGGGUGGCAACCGAGGCGGUGGCGAAAGCUCUGGUGUUGAAAGGAAGAAGCUUAGGCUAUGCAAGGAGCAAGUCUUGGUGUUAGAACAAGCUUUCAGUGAACAUACCACCCUUAAUACAAAGCAAAAGGUGGCAUUGGCAACACAAGUGAAUCUUAGACCAAGGCAAGUGGAAGUUUGGUUUCAAAAUAGAAGAGCAAGGACAAAGUUUAAGCAAACAGAGUUGGAUUGUGAGCAACUAAAGAAGUAUUGUGAGACUUUAACUGAAGAGAAUAAGAGGCUACAAAAGGAGGUGCAUGAGCUAAGGGCUUUGAAAUUCUCUCCUGAAAAUUCUACGAUGGAUGCAAACCACCCUCCUACAACCCUCACAAUGUGCCCUUCAUGCAAAAAUGUGUCAUUCUCUUCUUCUUCCGCCACAACCAGAACUCCGGCUGUUGAAACAGGGCGCUCUCUGAUGGGUGUCUUCCACCAGCAUACACCGCUUAGCAUACAGAAGCUCUCAUUUACAAUUAACAACAAUCAAGUGAUCGAAUCCUCUAAGCCUUGA